GAUGCCGGCGGCAUGCAGGGAUGCCCGGCGUCGCGAUGGGAACCUGUGCCGGGAGGAUGCGGGGAUGCUCGGGGGGAUGCAGGGUCCCGGUGCCGCAGGGAAGCCCCGGGAGGAUGCAGGGAUGCCGGCGGAGGAUGCAGGUGUGCCCGGGGCCGCAGGAGUGCCGAGCAGAGCCUGAAGGGUGCCGUGGGGCGCGGGAAUGCCCAAGGAGUGUCCUUGGUGUGGGGCGUUGUGGGGUGUGCCGGGUUUGCGGGCUGUGGGUGGCGCCCCACAGCACGGAGGGAUGGGUGGGGUGUGGAAAGGGUCCUCUGUGCCCAGGGGCUGUUCCGAGCGUGCUCCAGUGUCCUGGGAGGGAACAGGAUGAGACAGGGACCAGUUCUGCCCAGGGAUGAGGGAACAGCCUCCUGCUGCCAUGGGGCUGUAGCCCCAUGGCGGGUCUGCAGCCUCCCUGUGCAGGAGUCUCCGGCUGUAGGGCGGCAGUCCCGUGACCUCUGGCGGGGGGCAGCUCAUCCUGGGGGGUGGCACAGGCUGAGAGCACGGGAUGGUCUCGGCCAGGCUGGCCAUGGAAUGCUCUGGAAGCACGUGAGCGCGUGCACGCGUGUGUGAGUGUGCACUUGGAGCGUACACGGAGCAGCAUCGCUCCUCUCAUGGCUGCACUGUUGGGUGUGCCGAGGGCGCGAGAGUUCUGCGUGGAAACAGUGGGGAACACGAGAGCGGAGCUGUGGGCAGCCGGGUAGCACCCGAAACCCUCACUGCCAGUCCACUGAACGCCCCCCCUGCCACCCCGGGGACACUCAGCUGCAUCCUCCCCACAGCCCUGCCACCUCCAGGCUCACAUUUGGAUUUGCUUCCAUCCUCCUCUCCUUGGGGCUCGGCAAGGUAAGCAGGGAGCUGGGCGCAGGGGGCUGGCAGCAAAACCCACUUGGGCAGCGUGGAGCAGAGAGGGGGCCCAGGGUCCGGCCCCUCCUCGCCCUGCUGCCGGUGAAGCGUUGAGUCAGCCCGGCCGGUUGUGAGGAGCCACGGGCACUUCCGAGCCUCCCAGGGCCUGUGCCAGCGCCGUCCCCACAGCGCUGGCAGCAGAAGAUGGGAUGUUAAUAAAUAUAGUGGGUGCUCGUAGCGAGAUGCCGGGUUAGAGGGGAGGCAUCCCUCAGCUGAGCCCUCCUGCCAAGGGAUGUGGUGCCCUGGCUGUUCCCGGCACCCCUUGGUGCUGCCUCCCCUCCAGCCAGCACCCAUCCUGCCUGCCCUUGCCCUGGCUGUGCCAGGGAGCUCCAGCUCUGAGAACCUGCCCUAUUUAAAUAAGAUAACUUACAUUAAAAACACCGAAUCCUGGCGAGCUGACAGCGUCUGUCUAAAUAUUUAUCCCUGUUCCGAUCAGGCGCUGUGUUCCCAUGACAGCACCAUUAGCACUUGGCAUAUUUAUGGCCUUCCUGGGUGCUGGGCUUCCCAAACUGCGUGCCCAGGGGCCACUAACCCCUCUCCUGUGUCCCCUCUGUGCCUUCCUGUGCACCCAGUGGUGACCCCUGGGCUGGCAACCAUCUCCAGCCUGGCACAUCCCUGCUGGGCUGUGCUGGAGCUGCCAGGAGUAUCCCGGGCUGGGCAUGGCAGGGACUGGGUACCACACUUGUCCCCCGCAGCACAGGAGGUGCUGUGUUGCAAAGUACCUUGUCCAUGCAGGGAAGGGAGCGCAGGGAACAACCUGCUCUCCAAAAACCUGCUCCUGCUCCUCCUCCUGCACACGGGCACCGAGGUGCUGGGUGCCCGCGGGCACCGGGAGGUGGGGAUGGAGCAGGGAUGCUCCAGCUCCCUCCUGCACAUCGCUGUCCUGCCCUGUGACGUGGUCUUGCUGGGGCCUCGGGCUCUGGGGACAGCACGUCCCGCUGCCCGGGAGGGUCCCGGCGCUGCAUCCCCUGCACCCCGUGGCAGCGUGCGGAGGAGCGUGUCGGGAGGGAUUAGGGCUGUGUCUGGGAGAGGGCUCGUUCGGAGCCGGAGGCGCGGGGCGGCUCAGCGCGGCUCUCCCCGAUGCCACCGCUGUGGCAACACAAACAAAACCCUCGCGAUCAGCUGAGCCGCUUGGGCACCCACAGCUGCCAAAAUCUGCUUUUCACUUCCCCAAUCUGCCGGCGCAGAAUUUAACCCUGAGCUCGGAUGCGUUUGGGUGGCAGCUCACCAGAAGUGCUGGCGGCAGCAGCGCCGGGGGUGGCUGCGCUGCCCCGUCCCUGCCUCACCGAGCACACCAGAACUGGAGAAACAGGAGUAAGAAGUGAUGCCUGCGUGUGGUUCCCAGGAGGAUCCGUGGUUCCCUUCUCAUGGCUCCUGCGGGUGCCAAGGGGGUCCAGGCUGCCACCCUCACCCCGCCAGUGCCGUGGCUGUGCCGGUACCAUCCCCGGAGCAGCCCAGUGCUGGCAUGCGCCUGGGUGGCUCCCAAUCACCUCUUCUCUACCCACAGGGUUGCACCGUACCCACCCCGUGAUGCUACCCCAUCCAGCCACCCUGUGACACGGCCCCUAGCUCGGGGGUGACCCGGCAGCCGGACGGGACCCCCGGUGGGGACCCGCUCUGCAACCACCGCCCUGUUUGCUCUGGCACCGGCCUCACCCGUGCAGGCAGAGGGAGAGGCGGAGCAGGCUGCUGGCCCCACGCUGGGGCACACGAGAGCUCCCAGAGAUGGCCUUCCAGCGGAGCCACCGGCUGAACCUGCUGCGCCUCGUAGUGCUGCUCCUUGUCGCCUUGGCUGGCAUCAAGUUCCUCUUCCGUGACAGCUUUACCCUGGAGCUGCACAAGCACGUCAGCAAGGACAGCGGGUUCUGGGGGGACACGGGUGACAUCGUCCAGGACAUCAUCCCCCAGAGCCAGGUUCUGGAGGUCCCUGCGGCAAAGAUAAUGGCCCUGAGGCAAAAGCAGCAGGUCCCCAGGGAUGUCAGUGCCACCGAGAUGAGGCUGGUCCACCUGGACCUCAAGGGAGCUGCACCCAGAGUCUCCUACCUGGAACAGUUCAUCCUCAAGCAUGAGAAGUACCAGCACCUGCGGGAGGUCGAGCGCUUCCCCAACAGCUUCAACCCCCACGUCCCCGACACCCUGGCCCUGCUCAAGAGCAUCCUGUCGCAGGUGAUCGAGAAGCACCGGCGCUCCACCUGGAUCCACAUCGGCGCAGAUGAGGUGUUCCAUCUCGGGGAAGGGAUAGACUCCAAGAACUGGAUGAGCCACCACAAGGGCGAUGUGGGGACCAUGUACCUGAAGCACAUCAAGGAGAUUCUGGGCUUCCUCACAGCACAGUACUGGGGGCUGCGGGUGCUCAUGUGGGAUGACAUGCUGAGGAAGAUCAGCGUGGGAGCGCUGCAGGAGUCCGGGAUAGCGAAGCACGUCUCACCCGUGGUGUGGUUCUAUGCACCCGACUUCGAGGCUGAGCAGAUUGUGCCGUUCCUCACCAAGUACGUGGAGAGCGGCUUCGAGGCGGUUUGGUUCGCCAGCGCCUUCAAGGGCACCACGGGGCCGGCUCAGGCCUGGACCCCGCUGAGCUACCACCUGAAAAACCACCUGAGCUGGCUGAAGGUGAUGCAGGCCGUGCCACGGCUGGCCCCACUGCGCUUGCAGGGCAUAGUGCUCACCGGCUGGCAGAGGUACGAUCACUACUCGGUGCUCUGCGAGCUGCUGCCCGUCAGCAUCCCCUCGCUGGCCAUCUGCCUGCAGACCCUGGUGAACGGGGGCUUCACAGAAGAUGCAAAGAGGAAGGUGCUGGAUGCGCUGGGCUUGGAGAGCGUGCAGCUGGAGCAGAGCACCUGCGAGGGCAGGGGAGUGUUCCCUGGUGUGGAGAUCUACCACAUGGUAGAGCAGGUUAAUGGCCACCUGAAGGAGAGCAUCCUUAAGGCACUGGAGGAGGAGAGUGCCAUCAAGGGCUGGUUCAGCCCCUACCACCGGAAGCGCCAGUUUGGGAACCCCCGCAACAUGGAGAGCUUUGGCAGCAAGGUGCUGAAGCUCCAUGAGGACUGGGAGAGCUUUGUCCAUGACCUGCGUGCCCAGCUGGAGAGGAUCUACUUCCCUGACACAGUGGAAGAGUGGAUGGAAGAGAACGUCAACCCCUACCUGGACCAGCUGCGGGACCUGGUGCGGGACUACCGGGCCAUCAUCCGCCUCAACGGCCGGCCCAAGGCCACAUAGGGGCAACAGCCCCCCCAGCUCCCGCUGCCCCCCUGGCUGGGCUUUGGGGGCCACCAUCGCGUGUCUGUUUGCUGGUGACGGCGCUGCUGCCGCCGUUUGCACUGUACAGAGCCCCUGCACACCCCCCUCCACAAUAAAGUAUUUUCGUAGA